AUGGUAGACCAUGCAGGCCCGGGUCAGCAAGCAGGGACUUCUGGAGAUGCCUCUCCAAACCCCAGUCCGACAGCAGAGGAACGUAACCGACGCAAGAUAGUCAGCUUCAAGGUCACCCAUGUUCUUCUUACCCUGUUCUUCUUAUGGUUGAUGACUGUACAUAUUGUUGGCAUUCUGUUCUUUGCUAAAGGCUUUCUUCUCACCAGAUUGGUGUUGGACAACAAAUCCGAAUGUGGGAUACUUCCAUCUGACAACCCUUCUCGGGAGACUGGCGGAUGCUGGCAUCCAAAGUCAUUCGACCGAGCUGUCGUCAUAAUAAUUGAUGCUUUACGAUAUGAUUUCACCAUUCCUUCUCAUCGUUUCUAUACAGAACCUCAGAAAAAGUUCUACUUAGACAAUCUACCCAUUCUUCACCAGACCGCUGUAUCGAACCCUUCCAAUGCAAUCCUGCUUCCGUUUAUCGCCGAUCCUCCGACGAGCACUCUUCAACGCCUGAAGGGUUUGACAACUGGGACUCUUCCUACAUUUAUCGACAUUGGCUCAAAUUUUGCUGGUACAGCUAUCGAAGAGGAUAAUAUCAUUUCUCAGCUGAAAGAUGCCGGAAAAACAAUAGUACAACUUGGAGAUGAUACGUGGCAUUCACUCUUUCCUGGAUAUUUCGAUCCAAAUAUGACACGACCGUAUGAUUCUUUCAACGUGUGGGACUUGCAUACCGUCGACAACGGGGUCAUCGAGCAUAUUAUGCCUUUGCUAGACCAGUCGCCUGUGCGGUGGGACGUCAUUUUUGGCCAUUUCCUUGGGGUCGAUCACGCAGGCCACCGAUACGGUCCUGACCAUCCCGCGAUGGCCGAAAAACUCCGCCAAAUGGAUGGUGUCAUUCGGCAAAUGAUGGAGAAGAUUGACGAUACAACACUCCUCGUGGUCAUGGGCGACCAUGGCAUGGACACCAAAGGGGACCACGGCGGGGAGUCUGACGAGGAGAUCGAAGCAGCGCUAUGGAUGUAUUCAAAGAAGCCUCGCUUCGGACGGAUCGAUGGGGCCGAUACGUUGCCGCCGGCCACAGCGAAGGAGCGCCCAGUUGGUCAAAUUGAUCUGGUCUCAACUCUGUCAAUCCUGCUUGGCCUCCCCAUCCCCUUCAACAAUCUCGGCAAACCAAUUGCUGAAGCCUUUGCAGGCGCUGGGACGACAGACUGGGAAAAUCUUGCCAAAGUGGAGCAACUGGUCCAGAGUCAGAUAUCAAGGUAUCAAAAGUAUUAUACGCGUUCACGAGACCUGGGUCUGCCUGAAGAAGCAUACACGAACCAAAACCGCUACAUGGUCGAUUCAAUAGAGGCUACAGCGCACGGCAAGUGGAAGGACGCACACAAUGCCCUUGUCAGCUGGCACAGAGAGUUGAUAUCCAUGUACCGACAGCUGUGGGCCAAUUUCAACUUGACCGACAUGUUGAUUGGUGUUCAGCUUUCCGGUCUCGGAUUGGGGUUCUUGUUCCUAUUUUCCUGCUUCUUGGAAGGAGACAAAGCUGGGUUGGCUGUGCAUCUGAUUAGAAGCGCCGGACUGGGUUCGGCACUGGGCGCUGCGGCAGGCGCUUUGACUGGACUAUUUUUGCCUGCUCAAUUCACGGUGGUGGCCGGUCUGAUAUUUGGCGCAGGCAUCGGUGGCAUCGUGGCCGCCAGUUUCUGGUCUUGUCAACACCUUUUUGCUCCAAAAUCGUACCUACCGUCUGCAUGGGGAUGGCUGGCCUUCGUCUUCUGUGUGACCCAAUCGGCGGGAUUCGCAUCGAAUUCCUACACCAUCCACGAAGACACUAUCCUCCUCUUUUUCUUGAGUUCGUUCGGGAUUGUGUCUCUAAUCUCGUCGUUACGACAAGCGUCCACACCUGAUCGAGUACUAGGCACAUACCAAUCGGUCGUCUUCAUAUUCCUCGCUCGAGCUGCAUCAUUCUCGCGUCUUUGUCGAGAAGAGCAGAUGCCCGGCUGUCACUCAAGCUUUUAUGCUUCGACAAAUUCAUCGACAUCGGCCCCUUGGCAGCUUCUCAUCCCUUAUACCGUGGCUCUGAUUAUACCGGAAAUCAUCAAGGCGUUCUACAAGGGCACUGCAUCGUAUGCAGGGUCGGCCGGCUUUUGGAUAGGCUUCAGUGUCCGUAUGGGCCUGUUGCUUAUAGCCGCCUAUUGGACGAUUGAUGCUGCGGAUAAUGGAGACUGGCUGCUGGGGCGAGUCUCGCCAGCAACGCUCAAGACCGUCAGCAUCACCCUGGCCAGGUGUGCCCUGGCAAUCGCGAUUCCUGUCGGGAUAGGGACUUUUGUGUGGGCGAAACCGUGUAUCGAUAUCUCAAUAACCGAACCGACAACUGCGACUGAUGAGACUGGCACUCGCGGCCGACCUCAAUUAGCCGUCUUUGGCUAUGCGAACGUCUUCGGCAGCCGUUAUUUCAUUAUGAUUCCGAUCCUUGUCCUGGCAGUGUCACUGCUUCUGCCACCUAUGGGUCAAUAUUCUAUUGCUAUCCUCACCUGGCAGAUUUUGUGCCUUCUCGAGAUUUUAGAUACCAACGGACUUACUGCUACCUCUGCCACCAAAUCCAGCAUUGGCCCAGUUAUGCUCGCUAUCCUGGGGUCUUACCAUUUCUUCAAGACCGGCCAUCAGGCAACCUUGGCCUCAAUUCAAUGGAAUUCGGCAUUCGUCCCUCUGCGUACGAUUCAAUAUCCUUGGUCUCCGCUCCUUGUUGUGCUGAAUACCUUUGGAGCUCAGAUCAUCUGCGCGGCAGCGGUGCCGUUGACGGUCCUGUGGAAGAGACCGAUUGACAAAGCAGGUCUACGUUGGUUAUGGACCGAUGUGCUUGGGGCUUGUCUCACGCAUGCUCUGUACUAUGCGACAAUCCAACUCGCCACGACGAUGUGGGCAGGACACUUGCGACGGCAUUUGAUGCUGUACCGAGUAUUCAUGCCACGAUAUCUCAUGGCCAACGGGGUGCUGCUCAUUGUGGAUAUGGUGCUGGCUUUCGUUGCCUUGGCUGGUGUGAGAGUUGUCGGGCUCAGCGUUGGUGAGGUGUUCGGCUUUUGA